AUGUGCCGCCCUAUCCAAGCAAAUUGGGAUAAGUCUACUGGAUCUUGCUCGCCUCCGACUGUCAUUACUAGUCUUAGUUACCUUGUCUCAGCUGCAGCUGUUGCAACGGAUUGGGUCUGCGCUAUCUUACCUGGCUUUAUGCUCUAUAAAACCCAGAUGAAGACAGCCACCAAGGUUUCUAUCAGCAUUAUUCUUGGAUUGGGUGUUCUCGCUUCAAUCGCCACUAUUGUACGGCUUCCAUACAUUAAGUAUUAUGCUUAUCCCCAAGAUUACGUUUAUAACGUCGGGAAUAUUACGCUAUGGUCUGUCUUUGAGUCAGGGGCGGGUAUCAUAGCCGGCUCACUCCCCUCUUUACGACGGCUUCUCAAGAACUGGGUCCAUUUCGACUCUUCCCAUGACCAGUCCCUGGGGAAUACUGGGCCCUUCACAGGACAGGGAACAUCGUCAGUCACAGGCAAAGCAACAGCGUCCUCAACCGGGCGACGAAAUAAGGGUCUCUUGUCCAGUUCCAAGGCAGAAAGACCGUGGGAGCAGUUAGACGAUGCAUCUUCAAGCCGAAAGAUCUAUGUUACUGUCGACAUGGAGAUGCGAUCUCUGGAACGGCCGCCAACGUCUUCAAAAUCAAGAGAGUCGUUUGGCGAGAUGUGA